UAGGGUUUCGGAAGGUGGGUCAUCGGAGGUAGAGGGUUUAGAGUGGCGGCUAAGUUGGGGGAGGGGGCUGUUGCCAGGGGAGGGGGAAAGGGAGGAGGGUGGCUGGUGGUUUUUUUUUUUUAAAAAAAAUUUAUACAUUAACUUAAUUAUUAAAUAAUUAAGUGAGAGUUAGAUAGUCAUUAGAAGAGAUUAGAGGUUAAUUAAGUUAAUUAGUGAUACUAGGUUUCUUUGAACAAAAAAAUUUUAAGUUCGGAUUUUUUUUUUUUACUAUAAAGGUUUUAACAGAUUAUUUUUCGUAAAAUGAUGCAUUUUAAAGGUUUUUUUUUUCACAAAUUUGCCCAAAUUAUUUACCAAAUUGCUAGUUUUGCGAUAAAAACAUCCAAGAUUUACCCCGAGAGAAACCUAAGCUCCCCCUAAAGAAACUCAAAAAAAAAAAAAAAAAUCGAAGGCAAACAUCGAAAAUAACACCACGAUACAACCACCAAUCUUCCACCACCACCAAGCUUCGACAAAUCAAACAACAAUGGCAGGAACCUCUCAUCUUACCAAGAACAUUUGUUCAUUUUCUCUCUCCUCUCCUCGCACUUCUAUCCUCUUCAAUUCCCCCGUAUUUUUCUCAAACUUCUUAGCUUGUAAACCUCGAAUUAAUACCAAAAACCUUGCUCUUAAAUUGAAUUAUUCCACCAAUUUUAAUUUCAAUUCCAAUGUUAGAGAACGAACGACAUUGGUUCGCGCCAUGUCAUCGUCUUCGUCUUCUUCUUCUUCUUCUUCUUCUUCUUCGUCGUCUUCUUUUGGGUCGAGACUUGAGGAAAGUGUGAAGAAGACAGUUACAGAAAACCCAGUUGUUGUUUACUCGAAAACUUGGUGUUCGUAUUCUUCUGAGGUGAAAUCAUUGUUCAAAAGACUUGGAACGGAGCCAUUGGUUAUUGAAUUGGAUGAAUUGGGUGCUCAAGGGCCUCAACUGCAGAAGGUACUAGAGAGGCUUACUGGUCAAUACACCGUUCCAAAUGUUUUUAUUGGGGGCAAGCACAUUGGCGGUUGUUCAGAAACUGUGAAGCUUUACCAUAAAGGAGAGCUUGAGCCAUUGCUUGCUGAGGCAACUGCCAAAUCAUCAUAGAGCUAGCAACUCCAAAGCUCACUUAACCAGAUGCGUUGGCCUUUCCUUGCAAGAUAUGCUCAUCUUUGCUUUCUGAGAGCUGCAAGUUUUUUCAUUCUUGUUGAUUUAUUUGUGAAAACAUAGCUAUUGAAACUUUUAGGCAAUAAUUAGAUUUGUCAAAGGUAGCACACAAUACAUUUUCAAACCAAUUCUUACAUGAAAGUAAAUUAUUGAGUUAUUGAAUA